GGGCCGCCAUUUUCGGUGAGGAAAGGGGCGGAGCUUGGGCCGCUCAGUCCGGCUUGCGAAGCCGGGAGGGACCUGUCUCAGGUCGGCGGCGGCGGGCGCUAGAGCAGCGGCGGUGGCGACUCUGGCGAUUCCGGCCCCCGCCCCGCGACGGACAGCCGGCCUUCCCGGCCAGGGCGGAGAGGUAAUAGCUGGGAAUGUAUGACAACAUGUCCACAAUGGUGUAUCUAAAGGAAGACAAGUUGGAGAAGCUUACUCAAGAUGAAAUUAUUUCUAAGACUAAGCAAGUGAUUCAGGGACUGGAAGCACUGAAGAAUGAGCACAAUUCCAUUUUACAAAGUUUACUUGAGACACUGAAAUGUUUGAAGAAAGAUGAUGAAACUAACUUGGUGGAAGAAAAAUCGAAUAUGAUUCGCAAGUCUCUGGAAAUGCUGGAACUUGGACUCAGUGAAGCACAGGUAAUGAUGGCCUUGUCAAAUCACUUAAAUGCUGUGGAAUCGGAGAAGCAGAAACUACGCGCUCAGGUUCGCAGGUUGUGCCAGGAAAAUCAGUGGCUGAGAGAUGAGCUAGCCAAUACCCAACAGAAAUUGCAAAAGAGUGAGCAGUCUGUGGCUCAGCUGGAGGAAGAAAAGAAGCAUCUAGAGUUCAUGAACCAGUUAAAAAAAUAUGAUGAUGAUCUGUCUCCUUCAGAGGAUAAAGACACAGAUUCUACCAAAGAACCACUGGAUGAUUUGUUCCCCAAUGAUGAAGAUGACCAAGGGCAAGGAAUUCAACAGCCGCAUAGCAGUGCAGCAGCUGCAGCUCAACAGGGUGGCUAUGAGAUUCCAGCAAGAUUAAGAACCCUUCAUAAUCUUGUCAUCCAGUAUGCUUCCCAAGGUAGAUAUGAAGUUGCCGUACCCCUCUGUAAACAAGCACUUGAAGACCUGGAGAAGACUUCAGGUCAUGAUCACCCCGAUGUUGCCACUAUGUUGAACAUACUUGCACUGGUAUACAGGGACCAGAAUAAAUACAAAGAUGCAGCAAACUUACUGAAUGAUGCUUUGGCUAUUCGUGAAAAGACUUUGGGCAAAGAUCACCCAGCGGUGGCAGCAACUUUAAACAACCUUGCAGUGCUUUAUGGGAAAAGAGGAAAGUACAAGGAAGCUGAGCCUUUAUGCAAGAGAGCGCUGGAAAUCAGAGAGAAGGUAUUGGGAAAAGACCAUCCAGAUGUUGCCAAACAGUUGAACAAUCUGGCCUUGCUAUGUCAGAACCAGGGUAAAUAUGAAGAAGUGGAAUACUACUAUCAACGGGCACUUGAGAUUUACCAGACUAAACUGGGCCCGGAUGACCCAAAUGUUGCAAAAACGAAGAAUAAUUUGGCAUCCUGCUAUCUGAAACAAGGCAAAUUUAAGCAAGCAGAAACUUUAUACAAAGAGAUUCUUACUCGUGCCCAUGAAAGGGAAUUUGGUUCUGUGGAUGAUGAAAACAAGCCCAUCUGGAUGCAUGCUGAAGAGAGAGAAGAAUGCAAAGGAAAACAAAAAGAUGGCACUUCUUUUGGGGAAUAUGGAGGCUGGUACAAAGCGUGCAAAGUUGAUAGUCCAACAGUCACAACGACCUUAAAGAAUCUUGGGGCACUUUACAGACGUCAAGGCAAGUUUGAAGCUGCUGAAACGUUGGAAGAGGCAGCAAUGAGGUCCCGCAAACAGGGUCUUGACAAUGUUCACAAACAGAGAGUUGCUGAAGUGCUGAAUGACCCAGAAAGUAUAGAGAGAAGGCGAAGCCGUGAGAGUCUCAAUGCUGAUGUGGUAAAGUAUGAGAGCGGCCCUGAUGGAGGAGAGGAAGUGAGUAUGAGCGUAGAAUGGAAUGGGGAUGGCACUGGAUCUCUAAAGCGCAGUGGCUCCUUUAGCAAACUUCGUGCUUCAAUUAGACGCAGCAGCGAGAAGCUGGUUAGAAAACUGAAAGGAGGAAGUUCACGAGAAAGUGAACCAAAGAAUCCUGGCAUGAAGCGUGCCAGUUCACUGAAUGUUCUUAACAUGGGUGGCAAGGCAACUGAAGAUCGCUUUCAAGGACGAACUAAUUGUCUGACAGACUCAAGAGUUCUGAGUGCCAGUCACACUGAUUUGGUCCACUAAGGUUCUGGGACAGAUGCUAGCUUAAAAAAAAAAUUCCCUUGUGAAUCGCGAAGCACUGAGGUUCAAAGUUUUUGGGGGUGAUUUCCCCCAUCACUGUCUUUCUAGGAACGUCUAGGUUAGAGAUGUUGCAAUGCACUGCUGUUCCUAGGCCUCCUUUUUAAAAUAUGUGGCAUUUUAAAAAGAACCCUAGAGUUAUUGGCUAGCUGCUUGUGAGAAACAAUAGAUUGUCCGUUUGUGUCAUCAUUUGUUGUAUGGAAUUGUGUUACAAAUCCACGUAUGGCAGAAUCCAAAAGCAGAACACGCACAGUUGAAAAAGUACUGAAAUCUAAAGGAGUGCAAAAGCAUCUCUGAAUAUGCUCUUUAAAAACUGUUACAAGGAGGGUGUAUGUUUGUAACUAUUUAUAAAGUUGGUGGAAUGAGAUCUAAAUUAAGUGUAUUACUGUAUAAAAACCAGGAUUGUGUACGGUUCAAGCCUUGCAUCACUGGCUGUCAUGCUUUGCAUGGACCUUUUGUCUGAUGACUAGUGAUUAAGGAACCUUGAGAACCAUGCAGUAAAUCAAGCUACUAAUACUUUAGAAUGGGAAAGCUUAGACACUACUUCAGAGUAUGGCACUUGAUUACUUGUGGCCUUCCUAGCCUAAAAGUCAAUGGAAGCAGUGCAAUUUAGGGAGGGGGGAACUCAAGGAAUGAAGAAAAGGGUGCAGGCGAGAUGCCAACAGAGUUUUAAGUCCUUCGUUCAAGUGGUGGUUGAAUGUAUUUAAACCAGCCUUCUUACAGUUCCUUUGCGGAUUACCCAGAGCCCUCCAUUUUUAUUUAAAGCCAGAAACACUCUGCCACUUUGUCUGUAGUUGAAGCAGGUGGCUUGUAUAUUGGACUGUUACACUGUAGAGUAGCUGCUAUGCAAAGGGGCCUUGCAAGAAACGUCUUACUAAUACUUCUCAAAGUAUUAGUUGGACUAGGUAGGCGUUAACGGGAGGCUGUUCUUUUUCACCAUAAUCCAUUAAAUAAGUGCAUGGGAGAUGUGCUAUUCUCUGGAGAUCAGAUCAGAGAUGUUUCAGCAUUUGGGUUUACAGUUGGCAGUCUAAAUAAAGCAAAUAACUUUCAAAACGAUUCCCAUUUUGCAAAACCUAUUAUUUACAAGUAGGGAAGAGAAAGCAUGUGUGUAAACCAUGGUUAUAUGGUAGCAAAACCCAGUAGUAAUAAGCAAGGUUAGCAGCACUUGAUCUAAGACAAUAAAAAAUAGGUAAUUCUAUUAGAUUGGGCUGCAGAGAUUUGGUAGAUUGCUAAAACUGCUUGCUGGUUUUUGCAAAACCUUUAAAAGCAAUAUACACACUGUACACAGCUGAAAUACCUGACAAUGUUUGUGUUUCAGGCACACUGGCCAUAUCUCUGAAUAGCAGUUGCUGCAUGGUAGUAUCGCUCUGAUAAAACCCAGUGCUCCGCUUUUUUGGGUCGAGGUUUUAUGAUGGAGUAUUGUAAAUAAUUCAUGAUCUUGGAAGUACAAUUUUUAAGUAUACAACAUGUAGAUUCUUAUAGUGUUAACCAUUUUUGGUUAAGUUCUUUGUUCUGCAUGCAAUCUAAGAUUGAAAACUCUGAAUGAAAACCAACCAACCUGUACUUAUUGCCCAAGAUGCAAAUAGAUAUGGAGUGUUUAUGUUGCUAAUGUAGCAACCAUGGACUGUUGAUUGCCUCAGUUUCCCCUUGAUAACUUCUCCAUUCAACAUUCCUGCCAUGGAGGGCACAGAAUUACCCUUGCUGAGCCAUGCUUUCAUAGAGAUUAAUAGAUCUCUGCAGAGUUUUACUCUGAAGAAAACCAGAAUGUGACAUUGAUGUUGAUUCUGAUAGAAUCUGGGAGGCUGUUUCCAAGCAUUUUUCUCCCCUUUUUGAUUGUGGCAAACAAAUGUGCAUCACCGAAUAUUUCAGAAUAGCAGACUAUAGAAGAGCUGUAGAAGCUCUUCAAAACAAAAUUAUUUCAUUCUAACUUGCUGGUAUAUAGUACAGUCUGCCCUAUAGUUAAAAAUUGGUAUGCAUUUUGUAGAGGAAUGGAAAAAACAUCUUCCACUUGCUUAUCUAUUUUCCUCUUCAGUUAAUUCAUUUUGAAGCAGGGAAGACACAGGGAAGAUAGCCUUCAAGUGAAAUACAUACAGAAGCUUAUUUGCAUCAACACUGGAAUGAUAAUUGUCUGAAAUCUCUCAACUCCAUUUUGUGUUCAGAUGAAAAAUUCUUGUUUUAUCAAGUGGCAUUGGAUUGCUGUUGAAAAACAUACAUGCACUCUAAGAAUGAAAUGAUGGUAGGAUGAGUUGAAAUUGUGUGGGUGCACAUUCCUUAGGAUCUUGUAUUCUGGUCCUAUAGCUACAUCUAAGAGGAUCUGGAAACAAAAUGGUAUGCACAGUAUAUAUAUGCUAAAAUGGUAUGUGCAUGCAUUCUGUAGAGUUAUACAUGCAUGUGUGAGAAAGAUCCACCCUACUAUGCUGCAGCAGGGGUGUAGCUGUAAUUGAGUGGAUGGGUUCAAAGAACCCAGGCCCACAAGCUCCCUCCCUCCCUAUUUUCUUCAUUAUCUCCCUCACUCCAAGGAACUGCCGAGGAGAGGGGAGAACAUGGACCCCCCUCUUCCCUAGCUACGCCGCUGUGCUGCAUGUUGAAAACAUUUCUGCAUUGUCUCCGACAAAAGAUGGUGGGUUGGUUUGCUCCAGGAUGGUCGUAAGCUGCUUUUGGGGCUGAUCAGUAGAGGAAUCGUGCCACAUUCAGGACUAUACAGUUUUCUCCAACACAGGGCUGUCCAGCCUGCAAAUGCAUCCACAGGUUACUAGCCUACACGAGAUUGACUAACAACUUGCUCUCAUAUACCUGUGUUGUUUCACUAGUGAUCAGGGACAGGUGGGAGUUUCUCAAUAGGGUCACCAAAAGGCAGUUUAGUCUCCACAGGCUUCUAGGGCAUUGACAAAAUCUGACUUGGGCCAUGCUAUUGUGUGGCUAACACACUGAGUCAGCUGGGUAAGCUAACAAUGUUAGGGUGCUGCAAGUACCCAAGAUAAACUGCACCACAGGGUUGGACUGUAAGUGCUCUAGGAACUGAGGCCUUAACUGAGUGACGUCACGGAAUGCGACACUCCAUAAUUCCUACUGCGCAUGUACCCAGGCCGAGGAUGCCCACCUGUGCCUGCUGCCACCGGGGUGUGUGUGGAGCAGAGCAGGUGAGCGGCGGUAAAGGGGAAAUAGCAGUGGUGGGGCAUAUGGGCUCUGGGGAGCCCUCCCAGAGCAUUUAGAGGCCCCCCAGGAGGCCAUAGACCCCCAUCCUGUGGACUGUGCCUAAAUGUGCCAUUGAUUGUAGGACAUGGUAGACCAGGACUGCUCAACUUUGACACCCCAGCUGUUUUUGGACUAUUAACUCCCAUAAUCCCCAGCCACAGUGGCCAAUAGCCAGGGAUUAUGGAGGUUGUAAGCCAACAUCUGCAAGAGGGCUGAAGUUGAGCUGCCCUGAGGUAGACUUAUAGGCAGAGAAAUUUCAUAAUAGGUCACUCUGCGUUCUCCAUUACAAAACCAGAAUUGAACAGCAUUUGUCAUUAGUGACCCAUCAACUGCAAAAUAAGGUUGAUUUUCUCCCUCUAGUGUGCGGCUUUAUUUAAAUGACAGCUGCAUUUAUUGAUAGCCCUUAUUUAAAGCCAUUGGUUAAAUGAUGCCUCCUAGAAUUGUAGGCAAAUAGCCAUUCCCAGCAACACCAGUCCUUUUAAGCUUAACAGUUCUUUUCCCACCAUUUUUUGAAGGUUUGCAGUGAAAAUAGCAUGGAUUGUCAGCAAAACUGUGACACUGGUUUUUCUACUCCGCAAUAAGCAUUUUUAGUAGAACAUUAAGGACAACUUGCCUGAAACAAAAAAUGUGUUCCCUGUGCAAAACAUCAUCUCUGGAAUUGAGUCCUGAAAAUCAUGUUUAGCAAUUUAAAAUCACAACCAUACACGUGGGGGCAAUUACUCCCAAGCAGUAGUGUACUGGAGAGGCAGGGUAUAAAUAUUUCAAAUAACUACCCUAGAUAGACUAGCAUCUAACCUCUUGGGCAGUGGUAAUUAACACUACCGUCUGACUAUAUGAAAUGAUUUUUAAUUGAUCUGUUGCCAUCUUGCCUUGCACCCCCUCCCUGUUCUUAAGAUGCUUUAUCAGUACCCCAAACCUUGCUCUUGCACAAAAUCCAUUGCAAUGGGAAAGACCUCCAAUAGAGCACAUGCCUUCUGACCUAUUGAAGCACAAACACACAAUGUUUAGAAUCUGUGGGACAGUUCUUUAAGCAGGAACCAGCAACAACCUGUUGUCUCAAUUUACAUGAAUCUUGAACAGUUUUGCACAAGCAAACAAGGAUGCUUCCCCCCCCCCGAGGGAAAGAUUAAGGCUGCAACCCUGUAUACACUUAUUUGAGAGUAACCCCACUGAAUUCAGUUGGACUUGCUUUGGACUGAACAUGCAUAGGAUGGGGCUCUAAAUCGGAAAAAUUCACAAGUGCCCCUCCCAUGGCAACCUCCAUCUGUGUUUAUUAACAUUUAAGCUAAUAAGGGGGUGAGUCCACUGAAAUUUUGCCAAUGUCGGCAAAACACAGCCCAACAAGGAACACAUUAUGUAAAUAAUUCCAUUGACUGGGAUAUGAAGUAUGGUUGCAUUGUACAUAUGAACUGAAAAUGGAAUGUGCAGCGCUUUAUUGAAAUUGUUUACAAUGUUAAAUUGAAAUGUACAAACUUGUGUUUAGGUGUUUUUCCCCUCCUCAAAGCUGCUAUGUUAUGUUCAAGUAAUAUCAAACAAAGCACUUGCCAUAAAGCAACCUAUUGUAAAGUUGUGUCCUACUUGGUUACAUAUGUGCUUCAGUGGAAACCUAUAACUACUACUCUGUACGAAUCGGGAAUGUUAUUUCAUGCCACUUCUAGAUGCAGAUUAAACUGUGUACAGAUGAAGCUUGUAAUAAAUUAAGGACCUACUACUUACUUCCUUUCCACAUUGCAGGGAAUGCGGAGCCUCUGCCACCAAAAGCUAGCUGUAGUUCUUCUCCCUUCCCCUAUGUAAGGUGUGUGUAACCCACUUGGUAUUCUGACACAUUUAAGCUGUGUGUUUAUACACAAGCACACACUAUGCACAUCAUUGGUUGCAGCUGGUAGAGGUAUGGCAUAAGUGCAAGGAUAGAUUAGUAAAUUGUACUGCACAUUAGGGAAAAGCUCUCAUGAAGUUAGGCUGCCAUUUAUGGUGGCAUCUCUCUCUUUCUUGUAACUGUAGUUCCACCCUGAGACUGCUGUGCUCAUUAGCUAGAGCGGAAUUAUGAGUUCAGAAGCUGUACACUUUGACAGAAGUGGAGUUGCUAGUUCACUUACCUUGGGACGUUCAAACUAUCUGAAGUAUAGUUUAGAUUGUUUUGAAUAACAAAUAUUUAUAUACCGCUUAUCAACAAGAGUUUCCAAAGCGGUUUACAUGGAGAAAUAAUAAAUAAAAUGGAUCCCUGUCCCCAAAGGGCUCACAAUCUAAAAAGAAAUAUGACAGACACCAGCAACAGUCACUGGAGGUACUGCUCUGGGGGUGGAGAGGGCCAGUUACUCCUCCCCCUGCCAAACGAAGAGAAUCACCACAUUAAAAAGGUGCCUCUCUGACCAGUUAGCAGGGGUGUGAAUCAGGGAAGCUACUCUGGCCAGUAUAUAAUUGAUAGAGUAGCUGUAUAGUUUUAAAAGGGGAAAUCUGAUCAUUGGAUAGAACUAGUUUUCAGCUUUGAACUGGAAACUUCCUAAACAAUUGAAAACUGGUAAUACGUAGACCUUGAUGGCUAGAGUUCUACAUGAGGAUUCUCCCAAAGUUGACUGCUUUAGAGAAAGCAACCCAAAUUCUGAAUUCUGUUCUUACACAAAAGUAAAACAAAAAUGGUUUUCAGUGUAUAAGGUCAGUAACCAAAGUCACUUCCCCAAAUACAUUUUUAUUCACAUAAAGCAUUAGAAUAUAGUACAGAAGAUACAACCUGAGUUAUUCUACACUAAAAUAGCAACUUGGUUCUAGAAGUGUAUGUAGCACGUUUCCAUUUAAAUAACUCCAGACCUUGUUUUUGUUUAACCUGUUGCAGAGAUGUGGUUUAUUAUGAAACUUAUCAUGUAAAGCUUCUUUGGCAUUUUCAAAGUGUAAAAAUAAAAAAAUAAACCACA